AUGACAGUAAAAUCUAUACAACAAACUUCACCAGUAAAGUCUUUUGUGCAUACGACCACACAGGAGGAACAUUCAUUCGUGUCAGUAUCGGCAGAUAAUCAGAAAUCAUGUGACUACGUCCUUUCUGAAUCCAAAACAUUCCAUGGCGAUGAAGAGUUCAAGCAAACCUUCAUGAAAGCACAAGAAGCGAUAAAUAAAGGCAUUCAUCCUGUACUCAUUCCAGAUGUUGUGUUUCUGCUGUUUCGGACGGGCUAUGUCUCAUCCCGAAUAACCGUCGCUGCUCUAAAGCUGCUCCAAGAACAAUUUCAGCUUCAUAUUGUGCCUAAAACGAGAGUCGUUCGGAUGGCUUCACCCUCAUUCUACUACUCUCGCUGUUGUGGACGUUACGAAAUCAAACCGAAGGAAGGUAGUUUCCAGCUUUACGUCAAGGGUUACGAAAGUGCUCAGACGGUUUUUUCACGCUGGGACUACGAUAAGUCGUUACUAUCGGAGAGUGAGGAAGAGAGAUUCAAAUAUCUCUUCCAAAAAAUGAUCGUCCUAGAUUAUAUCAUACGAAACACAGACAGACAUAUGGACAACUUACUGAUA